AUGUGCAACCGCGACUCCUAUGUUUGGCACGACAACCUUUACGUGCUGUUCCAACUCCUCCAACUGUCAGUAGAAGCCAUUCAGCCCUGGUUCAAGGGCUUUGACGAAGUGGAGGAAAAUGAUAUCCUUGACCAUAGGGUCAUGCUCGUACAUAUGGUGGGCCAGCACGUGCUCCGAAAGGAAGUCAUCACGAAGGACGGCAAGCGCCGCACGUGGACCCUCUACGCCCAGGCCUCUCCCGUCCAAGAUGAAUAUGUCUUGCGUUGGCUUGUCGCCCUCGUGAACGACAAUAAGUCUCAGCACGCCGAUCCAUCUGGAGACGAAAGGCUUGCCAGUGGCUCCAUGCAGUGGCUUAGCGACCUCGUCAAUGAAAAUGACGAUGAAGACGGUGCCAGCGGCAGUGAGGACGGUGAAGACAAUGCCAGCGGUAGUGAGGGCUGCAGCUAUGAAGCCUACGAUGCUGGCAGCGGCUGGGAUGCGGAGAUGGAAGAGGCGGAGAUGGAAGAGGCGGACAUCGAAGAGGCGGACAUCGAAGAGGCGGAGACAUGA